CUGGCCCGCUGCGCCGGGCGGGGCUUUUUAAGAGGCGGCCGCCCGCCCACCUUGAACUUAGCUGGGCUGCCCUGUUGCCGGCACAGAAACCCAAAGCCAGCUGCUCCCUGCUCCAAAGCCAUGAACAGCAGCGUGUGCCUGUGCGUGGUGUUGGCGAUGUUGGCUGCCAGCGCCCUGGCGCAGCCGCUACACCCGGCCGAGCUGGGGGGCUCCGGGGCGCGGCGAGAGGAGGAGGCGGCCAGGCGGCAGCUGAAGGCGCUGGAACGGGCGGACAGCGACCCCCGAGCGCGCCUCGGAGCGCUGCUGGCCAGAUACAUCCAGCAGGCGCGGAAAGCUCCUUUUGGCCGAACGCCCCUCAUUAAGAAUCUGCAGAACCUGGACCCCAGCCACAGGAUAAGCGACCGGGACUACAUGGGCUGGAUGGAUUUUGGCCGGCGCAGUGCAGAGGAGGAGUAUGAAUACCCCUCCUAGGAGAGCCCGCCUUCAUCAGCACAGCAGGAAGCUGCCGCCUGGUGCAGAGGAGGCAGAGAAAGGAGUCACACUCCUAGCCCCUUGUUUCUGAAGUCUGAUGUCUUAAGUAUCUAUUUAUUAAGUUCCCUAUGUGAAAAAUCUCUUAAGAUUGUCCAGUGCAACUGUACACCUCAGCAGAAUUGUACAAACAAAAGAUUAAUAAUGUUUCCCUUGUCUGUGACUCCUGGUCCCCCGGUGUUGCUAUGCUAUUAAAGUGAUUUCACUCUGUC